AUGGAAGGAAAUAUGUCACACGUCGCUAUUCCACUCUUUGAUGGUGAAAGCUAUGAUCUAUGGGCGGUAAGGAUGCAAACAUAUCUAGAAGGGCUAGAUCUAUGGGAAGUUGUGGAGGAAGAUGAUGUUCCCUUGUCUGAAAAUCCCACCGCGGCUCAAAUGAAAGCGCAUAAAGAAAAGAAAACGAGAAAGACAAAGGCAAAAUCAUGCUUGUUCGCAGGUGUUUCACAAAUGAUUAUGACCAGGAUCAUGACUCUAAAGUCUCCCAAAGAAAUCUGGGAAUACUUGAAAGCAGAAUAUGAAGGGAACGAGAAGAUUCGAGGCAUGAAAAUAAAAUUGUUGGGAAAAGAGUUUCCAGAUUCCAGACUCGUUGAGAAAAUUCUGGUGACGGUGCCGGAAAGAUAUGAGGCAUCUAUUGCUUCCUUAGAAAAUACAAAAGAUUUGUCUACAAUCACCUUUAUAGAGGUGAUACAUGCCUUGCAAGCACAAGAACAACGAAGAUUGAUGAGAGAAGAUCAUGAGGCGGUUGAAGGUAAUUUAAAUUACACGGAAGAUAAUGCUCUCAUAGUCAAGAAAAAUAGAAGGAGCAGAUACAACAACACACAGGUAUGCAAAUCUAAAGAUUCUCAAGAAGAUGUUCAGAUUGUGGAGAAUAAAUCAGAUGAGGAUAAAUCAGAGGAAGAUAUACUUUUUACAACAUCAUGUGUCACAACCAACGAAUCUUCAAAAGAUUGGAUUAUAGAUAGUGGUUGCACAAACCAUAUGACUCAUGAUAGAGAAAUUUUCAAGGAGCUGAAUAAUAUUUCCAAGGUAAGAAUUGGGAAUGGAGAACAACUUGCUGUGAAAGGAAUUACUGUGACGUUCAAUAACUCAAGCGAAAGUGAUGAAGCAAAGUGCAUAGAUAGAGAGAGGCAAGCACUCCUGAGCUUCAAACGAGGCCUCAUAGAUAACUUUGGCGUGCUCUCAACUUGGACCAAUAAUACAGAUUGCUGCAAAUGGAAACGUAUUCUCUGCAACCAACAAACUGGUCAUAUACAACUGCUUGAUCUUCAUGGAAACUCUUUCAAUACGCCGUAUUUGAGAGGAGCAAUCGAUGUCACUUUGUUGAUUCACUUGCCAUAUAUUCAACAUCUGGAUCUCAGCCAUAAUCUUUUUGAACUGAGUUACAUCCCAGAGUUCACCAUCUCCUUCUCCAACUUAAGAUAUCUCGAUCUCUCCCAUUCUGAUUUUGCCGGUAGGAUUCCUUCUACACUUGGAAAUCUCUCACAACUACGUUAUCUAGAUCUUGGGGAUAAUUAUCUUUGGGGAGAAAUUCCUACUCAGAUUGGGAAUCUGGAACACUUACAGUAUCUUGAUCUUGGAUUAUUUUAUCUUUCCGGAAAAAUCCCAUCUCAAAUUGGGAAUCUCAGCAACCUACAAUAUCUCAGUGUUGGAUGUAACACUCCUGUAUAUGCAUCCUCAUCAUCAAACCGCAUUUCAAAUUCCCUUUCUGGAGAAAUCCCUUUUCGCAUAGGGAAUCUUCCAUUGUUGCAUACUCUCCGACUAGUUGGCAAUUUUGAUAUAAAACCUAAGGAUGCACAAUGGCUGUCUACUCUUCGUUCCUUAACAAUUCUUGAGUUGAGUUCAUUAAACAGUCUUGGUUCCUCUCAUCAGUGGCUACCAACUAUCACUAAAAUCAUUCCAAACUUAAGAGAGAUGAGGCUAGUUGAUUCUAAUCUUUUGGAUAUUGAUGUUCAAUCUUUGUUCCAAUCCCAUUCUUCCAACAAGUCCACCUCUCUUGCUGUGCUAGAUCUCUCUUCUAAUAUGUUGACAUCAUCAACACUUCAACUAUUGUUUAACUUUAGCCUUCAUCUUCAAGAGCUUUAUCUUUCUCACAAUAAUAUAUCUUUGUCACCUCUAUGUCCAAAUUUUCCAUCCCUUAAGAUCCUUGAGCUCUCUUAUAAUAAUCUAUCAUCAUCGAUGUUUCGGGGGAAUUUUAAUAUCAGCUCCAAAAUGAAACAACUUUAUCUUGUAAACUGCAGUAUUACAGAUAGAAGUUUCCUGGUUUCUUCUACUUCUACUUCUACACGGAGUUCUUUAUCCUCUCUUCUCUACCUUGAUCUCUCUGAUAACCUAUUAAAAUCAUGUCCUAUAUUUCAUUGGCUUUCUAAUUUUACCACAAAUCUUCGUACCCUUCGCCUUGGUUAUAAUUUCUUGGAAGGUCCCAUUCCAGAUGAAUUUGGGAAAGUGAUGAACUCUCUUGAAUAUCUCUCUCUCCCCAAUAACAAACUCAAGGGCAAGGUUCCGUCUUUCUUUAGGAUCAUGUGCAGAUUACAACGCUUAGACCUCUCGAAUAACAAGUUCGAGGGCGAAUUUCCAAGCUUUAUUCAAAAUUCUUCAUGGUGCACCAGACACACAUUAAGGAUAUUGAACAUAUCUUAUAACCAAAUUACUGGCAAGAUACCCGAGAGCAUCCUACUCCUAUCAAAGUUGGAGAAUUUAUCGGUGGGAGAGAAUUCUUUAGAGGGUGAUGUCACUGAAUCUCAUCUUUCUAAUUUUUCCAGAUUAUUGUACUUAGACUUGUCAUAUAACUCAUUGUCUCUAAAAUUUGAUUCCAAAUGGGUUCCUCCUUUUCAAUUAAAUUACUUGUAUCUUGCAUCUUGCAAGCUAGGUCCGAAUUUUCCUAGUUGGAUCCAGACUCAAAAUUCCUUAAUCCAUCUAGAUAUAUCUGAUAAUGGGCUGACUGAUUUAGUACCAAAAUGGGUUUGGAACAAGUUGCAAAUUAUGUACACAUUGAAUAUGUCUCACAAUAAUCUCAUUGGUUCAAUCCCUAAUAUGAAAUUGAAGCUUCCUUUCAGACCAUCUAUAAUUAUAAAUUCAAAUAAAUUUGAGGGAAAAAUACCAUUAUUUUUGUUAGAUGCUUCCGAGUUAUUACUCUCUGAAAAUAAAUUUUCAGAUUUCUUUUGUGGAAACAACACUGCUGCAAAUUUGGCCACUUUGGAUUUAUCAUACAAUCAAAUUAAGGGGAAACUUCCCGAUUGUUGGAAAUUUGUUGAUCGAUUGUUGUUUCUUGAUUUAAGUAGCAAUGAAUUGUCAGGGAAGAUUCCUAAUUCCAUGGGCACCCUUGUUAAAUUGGAAGCUUUGGUUUUACGAAACAAUAGUUUGAUGGGUGAAUUGCCUUCCUCUUUGAAGAAUUGCAAGAAUUUAAUUAUGUUGGAUAUGAGUGAGAAUAUGUUGUCUGGUCCAAUACCAUCAUGGGUUGGAGAAAGCAUGUCACAAUUGAUAAUCUUGAUCAUGCGAGGGAAUCACUUCUCUGGAAAUAUUCCCCUUCAUAUAUGUUAUUUGCAGCGUAUUCAAUUGUUGGAUCUUUCAAGGAACAAGUUGUCAGAAGCAAUUCCGGCAUGCUUAAAUAAUUUUACUGCAUUGUCUGGAAAGAGCAUCGACAGAGUUGAAACUGAAAGUCGUGUGCAUUGGUACAAUAGUACUUACUCAGAAAUUUAUAAUUUUUUCAGUGCUAGUUAUUAUACGUUUCACAUAACAUGGACGUGGAAAGGUGUGGAACGCAGCUUCAGACAUCCCGAAUUGAUUCUUCAGAGUAUCGAUCUCUCAUGUAACAAUUUAACAGGUGAAAUGCCGAAAGAGAUUACAUACUUGCUCGGGUUAGUUUCUUUGAAUUUAUCACGAAACAAUUUGAAUGCAGAAAUUCCUUCUGAGAUUGGGAAUUUAAGUUCGCUAGACUCCCUUGACCUAUCAAGAAAUAAUUUGUCUGGAAAAAUUCCUGCAACUCUUUCCAAUAUUGAUCGUCUUUCCGUGUUAGACUUGUCAAACAACCAUCUCAUCGGAAGAAUUCCAUGGGGAAGACAGUUGCAAACCUUUGAUGCCUCUAGUUUUGAAGGAAAUCUUGAUCUUUGUGGGAAACCCCUUCAGAAAACUUGUCCUGCAGAUGAGACAACGAUAAAGUCUGAAGGCCCAGAAGAGCAUGAUGAAGAUGAUAAUUCGGGUUUCUAUGGAGCAUUAUACAUGAGCUUGGGGGUAGGAUUCUUCACAGGAUUUUGGGGCUUGUUAGGUCCAUUACUACUUUGGCAGCCAUGGAGAAUUGCUUACCUGAGUUUCUUGAAUAGACUCAUAGAUUAUAUAAUCGUAAUGGCUGAAGUGAACACAACAAAGUGUCAAAGGUGGCUCAAAGAUUAG